AUGGAGCAGCCAUGCGGGCUGGAGUACAAACAGGUGAUCGAAUCAUCAAGGUAAAUGGAACUCUAGUGACUCAUUCAAACCAUUUGGAAGUGGUAAAGCUUAUCAAAUCGGGUUCCUAUGUAGCUCUCACUGUUCAGGGACGCCCACCUGGGUCGCCCCAGAUUCCAUUAGCUGAUUCUGAAGUGGAGCCAGCAGCCUUUGGACAUAUGUCUCCCAUCAUGACAUCCCCCCAUUCACCUGGAACAUCUGGAAAUACAGAGAGAAUCACCAGUCCAGUGUUGAUGGGGGAAGAAAACAAUGUGGUUCACAGCCAGAAAGUAGAAAUUCUGAGAAAGAUGCUACAGAAAGAGCAGGAACGGCUACAGUUGUUGCAAGAAGAUUACAGCCGCACACCUGCUCAGCGAUUGCUUAAGGAGAUCCAGGAGGCCAAGAAACACAUCCCUCAGUUGCAGGAGCAGUUAUCCAAAGCAACAGGCUCUGCUCAGGAUGGAUCUGUAGUUCUACCUAGCAAAUCUUCUGGUGACUCCUUUCUACUCAAUGAAGUAGAAGCAGACAGUGGUGAUGGGUUGGGCAGAAUUGAUUGUAGCACUGGAGAUGGUUCUCGACUCAAUAGUGACAUUGCAGAUAGCCCCAGAGGUGGCUUGAAGGAAAGAAUUUAUCUAGAAGAAAGCCCAGAGAAAAAUGAGAUGGUGCAAGAUAAUGACACUCAGUCAAAUAUUGGGAGCCCCUUAAUUCGAACAGCACCUCAGAUCAUUGGCGCAGAGGAUGAUGACUUUGGCACUGAACAUGAACAGAUUAAUGGACAAUGCAGCUGCUUCCAAAGUAUUGAACUGCUAAGAUCCCGCCCUGCUCACCUAGCUGUGUUCUUACACCAUGUCGUUUCACAGUUCGACCCUGCAACAUUGCUCUGUUAUCUUUAUUCAGACUUGUACAAACAGACCAAUUCCAAGGAGACUCGGCGCAUCUUCCUUGAAUUUCACCAAUUCUUUCUGGACCGAGCAGCACACCUGAAGGUUUCUGUUCCAGAUGAAAUAUCUUUAGACCUGGAGAAGAGAAGGCCAGAACUUAUUCCUGAAGAUUUACACCGCCAUUAUGUCCAAACUAUGCAAGAUAAAGUCUAUCCUGAAGUUCAGAAGCACUUGGAAGACUUUAGGCAGAAACGUAGUAUGGGGCUAACCUUAGCUGAAAGUGAGUUGACCAAACUUGAUGCAGAGAGAGAUCGUGACAGGGUGACCCUGGAGAAAGAACGGGCAUGUGCAGAACAGAUCAUUGUCAAAAUUGAAGAAGUGUUGAUGACAGCUCAAGCUGUGGAAGAAGAUAAGAGUUCAACAAUGCAAUAUGUGAUCCUCAUGUACAUGAAGCAUUUGGGAGUCAGAGUCAAAGAGCCUCGUAAUUUGGAGCAUAAGCGAGGUCGCAUAGGGUUUCUGCCCAAAAUCAAGCAGAGUAUAAAGAAAGAUAAAGAAGGCGAAGAAAAAGUGAAGAGAAGAGGAUUCCCUAGCAUUUUAGGACAACCAAGGAGACCAAGUCGUCACGAUAGCAGUGCAAUUGGCAGAGCCAUGGAAUUACAAAAGCAGCGCCAUCCCAAGCACUUAUCCACACCCUCAUCAAUGAGUCCUGAACCUCAGGACUCUGUGAAGUUGCGCCAGAGUGGGAUUGCCAGUGAUGUAGCAGAUGUUAUGUAUAUGCCUGCUAAUUCCAUGUCUUCUUUGACUUCAGGGACUAGUGCCUCCCAAGAGGGAGGGAAAGAGAAUGAAAUGGGGUCAAAACCAAUUGGAGAAGCACCAGGUUCUGGAGAUUCUACAGAUGGUACACCUAGAACUCCCAAUACAGUCUUUGAUUUCCCAGCUCCACCAUUAGACCAAUUGCAGGAGGAGGAAGGUGAAAUAGAAAGGUUACCUGAACAUGGAACACCAAAAUCUUUUCGAAAGCUUGAUAGUAUAGCUUUUGGGGAAAGUCAGAGUGAAGAUGAACAGUUUGAAAAUGACUUAGAAACAGAUCCACCAAAUUGGCAGCAGCUUGUUAGCAGAGAGGUGCUACUAGGGCUAAAACCUUGUGAGAUCAAACGGCAGGAAGUGAUCAAUGAGUUGUUCUAUACUGAGCGAGCUCAUGUCCGCACACUGAAGGUUUUGGAUCAGGUGUUCUACCAGCGAGUGUCCCGAGAGGGGAUUCUGCCAUCGUCAGAACUGAGAAGAAUCUUCUCCAACCUGGAAGAGAUUCUUCAGCUUCACAUUGGGUUGAAUGAACAAAUGAAGGCUGUUCGAAAGAGGAAUGAGACUUCAGUAAUUGAUGAAAUUGGAGAAGAUUUAUUGAUCUGGUUCAGUGGAGCCGGAGAGGAAAAGUUGAAACAUGCAGCUGCCACCUUCUGUAGUAACCAGCCUUUUGCCCUGGAAACGAUCAAGACUCGCCAAAAAAAGGACUCUCGAUUCCAAACUUUUGUGCAGGAUGCUGAGAGUAAUCCACUAUGCCGUCGACUGCAACUAAAGGAUAUUAUUCCUACUCAAAUGCAGAGGCUUACUAAAUAUCCCCUUCUGCUGGAUAAUAUUGCUAAGUAUACAGAACGGCCAAAGGAAAGAGAGAAGGUGAAGAAAGCAGCAGAUCACUGUCGUCAAAUCCUAAAUUAUGUGAAUCAAGCUGUCAAGGAGGCAGAGAAUAAGCAGCGCUUAGAAGAUUAUCAGCGUCGCCUUGAUACAUCUAACUUGAAGCUGUCGGAGUAUCCAAAUGUUGAAGAGCUCAGGAAUUUGGAUUUAACAAAGAGGAAGAUGAUUCAUGAAGGACCAUUGGUUUGGAAAGUGAAUAGAGAUAAGACUAUUGAUCUGUACACAUUGCUGCUGGAAGACAUUCUUGUAUUGUUACAAAAACAAGAUGAUAGACUGGUGUUGAGGUGUCAUAGUAAAAUUCUAGCCUCUACAGCAGAUAGCAAACACACCUUCAGCCCUGUCAUCAAAUUGAAUACUGUGUUGGUUCGACAAGUUGCAACAGAUAACAAAGCUUUAUUUGUCAUCUCUAUGUCAGACAAUGGAGCCCAAAUUUAUGAAUUGGUGGCACAGACAGUUUCUGAAAAGGCAGUUUGGCAAGACUUGAUUGGCAGGAUGGCCCUGUCAGUAAAGGAACAGUCCACAAAGCCUAUCCCACUUCCAGAGUCACCCCCCUGCGAAGGGGAGCAUGAUGAAGAAGAAGCUUCAAAGCUGAAAGAGGAAUCACAUGGUGUUUCUACCUCUAGUCUUCAAAGUCCAGAAAAACACAUGGGAACUGAGACUUCUUUAAUGUCAAAACCUCAGUCCCCUUCAUCAUCCCCAGUUACAUCUGGGAAAUCAGAGAUCAGUGAUAUAUUGACUGAAAGACAGUUUGAAAAGGAACAACAAGCAGAAGAGACUUUGAAAGAGUCUGGAAUGGACUAUCAGAGUACUGUUCCAGAGCCACAUUUCCCUGUGUCUGAAGAGCGAUGGGCUUUGGAUGCACUGAGGAACUUGGGUCUGUUGAAGCAGUUAUUGGUACAGCAGCUAGAUUUGACUGAGAAGACGACUCAUGAAGACUGGCAGCAUUUCCCCAGGUUUAGGGCAGCCUCUCAAGGGGUACAGGUAGAAAAUCCAGAUACAAUCCAAAAUGUCCUGGACCAUUCUGAAAAUAAUAAGACUAGCCAGCCUUGUGAAGGACAAAUGUCCCUCCAAACCGGAACUGGUGAAACUGCUGCAUGUUACAGCCCAAGGACUUCAAUUGAAUCCCCAGUUCCACAGGAUUAUAUGGAACUGGCAUCUCAAAAUAGCAGGGCAAGUAACCUUUUAGUCAUGGACCACAUGAUCAUGACCCCAGAGCCAUCUAGCACAGAACUAGAAGGGGGUCCUGAUGACAGCGGAGAGCACUUUUUUGAUGCCCGUGAAGCCCACAGUGAUGAUAAUCCUUCAGAAAGUGAUGGGAUAGAAAGAAAGGAAGAAGAAGCUGUUCAGUUACGGAUCUCAGGAAAUGUUCUGAUCCUUGAUGGCUAUGAAACAGUGCAGGAGAGCUCUACGGAGGAGGAAGUUGUUCCAGGCCUCCCUGCUAUGGGCUGGGCUCACCAGCAGCAGCCUCUCCGGGAUACCCAGUCUGAUGGAGGAGGUUCUCCAUUCACCCCUGAAUUCCUCAUCCAGCGGCGAUGGGGACCUGUGGAGGAGUUUGGCUUCAGUGCCCAGAGUCCUUCCUCUGCAGACUCACACAGCCAAAUCAUGCAGUACAUUGGGAAGAUAGAGGCUGACCUUGAACACUUAAAGAAGGUGGAGGAAAGUUACAUGACUCUUUGCCAAAGGCUGGCUGGAUCAGCCCUCACAGAGGAUCACUCAGAUAAAAGUUAAAGCCACAGCUCUUUUUGGCUGAAGUUUGGAUUCUGAGCCUCGGCCUUGCAUCACCACAUCCUGGCUCCAGGGUGGACUGGGAGAGAGUGUGUGAUAGAGGAUCUUCCUGUGGAUCAUCAGAGUGCUAGCCAUGUCCCAGUAUGCUCAAGUGGGAAUUGUUUUUUUCCCAGUAUGGCAGCUGCACUUGUUUGUCAGUGAGGGAGUGUCCUUUCUCUCAUUUUUUCCCCCUCACUAUCAGAAAUUAAUUUUGCUUUCAGAACAAAAACCAAAUGUACAGAGCUUUGGGUGUAGGAUAUAAAAAUGUAUUUAGACAUUUAAAAAAAAAAGAGAAAAAAGAGAA